AUGUUGGAUUGUUCUCCAAUUGACACUCCAAUCGAGCAAAACCACAAACUAGCAGAAUAUCCUGAUCAGGUUCCAAUUGAUAAACUAAGAUACCAGAGGUUAGUGGGACGCCUGAUAUAUUUGUCACACACCAGACCUGAUGUUGCUUAUGCAGUUAGUGUUGUGAGUCAGUUUAUGCAUAAUCCAAGUGAACGGCAUAUGGAGGCAGUGGUAAGAAUCUUGAGGUACUUAAAGUCAGCACCAGGAAAAGGUUUAAUGUUUUGUAAAUGUCAGCACCUCGAUGUUAGUGGAUAUACAGAUGCAGAUUGGGCCGAUUCUAUCACAAACAGGAAGUCCACAUCUGGGUACUUCACCUCUGUGGGUGGAAACCUUGUUACCUGGAGAAGUAAGAAGCAAAAGGUUGUUACAAGGUCAAGUGCUGAAGCUGAAUAUAGAGAAGAAGGAAACUUGGAGGACAAGUACACUUGGAGAUCAAGAUGUGUACCGUAG